GAUAGGAGGAACGCGAUGAAUAUGCGAGUGUGAUCAGGAUCGAAUCCGCAGCGUCGGAGCCGGGGGAAGCCAUGCAGCUCCAGUCUGCAGCACAAUGCAAGGUGUCCGGCUUCAUACUGAAUGAAAGAUGCACCCUGUCUUCAAAAAUGGAAGUCCACCGUGAGCAGAGUAUCUGUCAGGCGCGGGCUGCUGUCAUGGUAUAUGAUGACGCCAAUAAGAAGUGGGUUCCGGCUGGUGGAUCCACAGGCUUUAGUCGAGUCCACAUCUAUCAUCACACUGGCAACAACGCCUUCAGAGUAGUGGGCCGUAAAAUUCAGGACCACCAGGUGGUAAUAAACUGUGCCAUUCCCAAGGGGCUGAAAUACAACCAGGCCACACUAACGUUUCACCAGUGGCGAGAUGCAAGGCAGGUGUACGGCCUUAACUUUGGCAGCAAAGAGGAUGCCAAUGUAUUUGCCAGUGCCAUGAUGCACGCCCUGGAGGUGCUGAACUCUCAGGAUGCAGGCCCCCCGAUGCCAAGACAGACCCCUCAUGUGCAGAAUGGCCCAUCACCAGAUGAGCUGGAGGUGCAGAAAAGGCAGCUGCAGGAGCUCCAGCGUCAGAAGGAGCAAGAGAGGGAACGACUGGAGCGAGAGCGGCUAGAGCGGGAACAGCAGGAACGAGAGAUGCUGGAACGGGAACGUCAGGAACGGGAGCGUCUGGAGCGAGAGCGUCUGGAGAGGGAACGUAACGAGCAGGAACGUCUGGAGCGCCUUGAGCGUGAGCGUCAAGAGCAGGAGCAGCUCGAGCGAGAACGCCAGGAACGGGAGCGCACAGAGCGGGAGCUGAUGGAGAGAGAGCGUGCCGAGAGAGAGAAGCAAGAAAGAGAGAACCAAGAGCAGCUGGACAGAGAGCAGAUGGACUGGGAGAGAGGGAGACGCAUCUCCAACGCUGCAUUUGAAAGCACCCUCUACACUCCUCCACCUCCAGAAUACAAGACCACCUCCUCCUCACCCGUGUCUCCUUCCACACCCAGCUACCCACCACCAACACCAUCGCCCUCCACAGCCACUCCUCCGACCCCGCCCCUGCGCCACUCGGCCUCCCGAUUCGCCACGUCGCUUGGCUCCGCCUUCCACCCGGUCCUGCCUCAUUACGCCACCGUACCUCGCAGACAGCCUGCCCCGCCCACACCACCACCCCCUGCUCCACCUCCAGUUCCAGCCUCCAAAUCCGCAGUCUGGAUGGCAAACAACUUCACGCCCCUACCGCCCUCACCUCCGGUCAUGAUCAGCAGCCCCCCGGGCAAGGCCAAGGGUCCUCGCCCGAUGAUUAUGAUCCCGGCCCCUAGUCCGCUCUCCCAGAAACCCCCCUCGCCCAUCUCGGCGCCCAAUGGGCCACCCACCACACUUCAAUUCCACGUCUCAUCACCGGUGUCGAGUCAGCCGUUUUCUUUGCCGCCAACGCCGCCCCCUCCGCCGCCACUCUAUUCCCCCUCGCCCACCUUGUCCAUCACUCCCCUUGUGUCUUAUCCCUCACCCCAGCCUGCUGUUCUCCCUUCUCCUUCCACAGCCUUCCCUGCCUCUGCUGAGCACUCUGUAAACUCUGGGUUGGGAGACUCCUGCUCCUCUGCUCCAGAGCUGCCCACUCAGCCUGCUGACUUCCCCUGCCAGCCGGAUUCAUCACAGGGGAUACCAGCCCCUCCACCCCCACCACCACUCCCUCCCAGCUCCACUGUGACUCCUACCACUGCUGGACCUCCACCACCCCCUGGUCCCCCUCCUCCUCCCCCACCACCUCUGCCCCCCACACUCACCCCAACAGGUCCUCCCCCUCCCCCUGGCCCACCGCCCCCACUCUCAGGCCAGGCUCCUCCACCAGCUCCACCCCCAGCCCCGCCUUUGCCCUCGGGUCUGUUUACCCCCUCGCCCACCACAGAGGAGAACAAGGGUCUGUCUGGGCUCGCAGCCGCCCUUGCUGGAGCCAAGCUAAAGAAAGUGCCAAGGAGUGAUGAGCCCCAGGCAGGAUCUGCGGUGAGUUCUGGUGGUCCCAAGCCAGAGGCAUCCCGUGGAAAUGGUCUUUUACCUGGAGGAGGAGGAGGAGGUCUGAUGGAGGAGAUGAGCGCCCUGCUGGCCAGGAGGAGAAGAAUUGCUGAGAAGGGAUCAUCGCCAGAGCCUGAGCAGAAAGCUGAUGACACUGAGGCUACCAUCACUCCAAAAGUAUCAGCCUGUAGCACUCCAGAUAUGCCCAGAAAGCCUUGGGAGAGGACAAACACCAUGAAUGGUAGCAAAUCACCAGUCAUCGGAAGACGGGACACACCAUGGAGAAAUCAGAUGGGUACUGACAAGUACUAUGAUUCCUUAAACAGACCAAGGUCUACACCAACUCCUACCGGAUCCAUAAGUGCCAAUGGGGUGCCAACAGAAGCUCUCGACUAUGACAGAUUGAAACAGGACAUUCUAGAGGAGAUGAGGAAAGAACUAUCGAAGCUUAAAGAAGAACUUAUUGAUGCAAUCAGGGAGGAGUUGGGCAAGUCAAACUCUGCGUAGGAGGAUGAGAUGCACCUGUAUUUUUUUUAUCCACAAUCUGUCACUUCAGAGGUCAGCUUCAGUUUAAGACACUAUCUCAAAAGCAAUGAAAAUGGAGAAUUACAGUUUUAACCAGUGGUGAUCACAAUAACUAUGAUAAUUCGGAGGAUCUACGGUGAAGUUUUGAGCAUCGGGGCAUAAGAGGCGUAACGGUGAGAGGAUAACCAGAUGCCUCAAAGCAACGCCAUACACCAAAAGCCCCGUCUUGAAGGGGGUCAAGACACAGUCUUAAGGAAGUGACUGUCAGUAUGCAAUGGAUGACUCUUUACUGUGGAAAGACAAAAGACACUGAAUUACAUACUGUAUUAACCAUCGAAGAGUGAAAUUGUAAAACAAGCAGAUGACAUUCAUUUUACUGCACAUUGUUUAGCAAAGGGCAGGCUUUGUUUAUGAAUUUAAAAAGGUGGUGGUGGUGAAGUUACAUUAAGUUGGCCUUGUAUAAAGCAAAACCUUGAAUCUGGCCAACCAAAUGACUAUGGUCUAUUGCUGCAGGACUCUAAAGCUUGUCUUCCUACUAUUUUAACCAGAAUAUAUACAUUAAAAUGACAACAAAAUAAACAUUAUUACCUGCAAGUCAUUCAGUCAACCUGUUCUAAUGUACGCCAUGACCACAUCAGGUAGCUUACUUGCUCUUUUGGACGGUUUUCGUUAUUAUUCUCUUUUCAAAAGUGAAUGCUCGACAGGCUGUCUCCAAUUAAUCACUGUUAUCUGUAUACUUUCAUCUUGUGUGUUCGCUAAGUGUUCAGAAAGAUCACGAAGGACAAUGCCUUUCUACUGUACGUCAUUGUAGCUCUCUACCAAAAUCCUCUCAGCCAAUCGAAGUUAAGGUUGUCAGCGUCAGCUCAGACCGUAUCUGUAGAUAGUGCUAACCAGAAAUACUAUGAACUUUUUAUUCACCGUAGGCUCUUUUCGUAUUUCUUUUUCGAUUUCAGUGCAUGUCUUCUUAUGAUUGGUAAGGGAAAAAUGGUUGCCACGAAAAAUAAUUGAAUUUUCCGUUCAUAAGCAAUAAGUGUAGCAUUGUUACGCAAAUUUCUCUCUCUCUGUCCUUUAAUCAUCCACUCUGCCCUCAAACUGUGGUUGAAUUAUAUUUUCCAUACACGUUCUCAAAAUGCAGUUUGCAAUGGACAGCUCUUUAUAGCCAUAAUACAUUUGCAGCGGUUUGACAUUUUACUAAUUUUACCUUACUUUGGGAUUCAAAGAUGCGAAAGAUCAUGUACGGCUACUUUAUUCAUUUUGCAUGGGGUGUUUACUUUAUCUUCCAAACACGAUUUUGUUAGGGAACUUUAUUGGGAAUUAUGCCUUUUAAGACCCGAAAUCUUUUGAACAAACAUGAAGUGUGAUUUAUAGGCUGUGCAAAUUUUGAGGAGAAUAACUGAGAACAUGAAUUUGUGACGUUCUUUCUGAACAGGUUUUUCCCUCUGUUAUCCAUUUCCUCCCGCUAUGCUCACUCAUCAAUCCUUUCAUUUCUUUUCACUUCCAAACCAUCACUCAAAAUGAUCUCUCAAGGAAUCAGAAAGUUUGUAUAGAGUGUUUACAGCAUUGAUUGCACUUUAAAAACCCGUAGAAGUUCAAAUGAUUCUAUUGCCGACAAGACUGCCGUCAUUUUGUGAUCGGCACUAUCACCAAAGCUAAACGGUAAUCUAUAGAACGUCACAAUCUCCUGAUCCACCUUUGUUUUGACAAUAAAUAACUGUUGUUGAUUGGUCUUUAUGUUAAGCAGGUAAAAUGUAUUGAUCAGGGUUGAUUCAUUCCUGGAUAAACCUGUUUGUGAUCUUCAUGGUUCGUGCCUUGUUCGGAAAUUGCAUUUGAUGUGUCAAAAAUUUAAAUGCGUAUAUAUAGAGAGUAUUAAUUUAGGGCCCUCCAUAACUUUAUUCAUUUGCUUUGCAUUUUGCUUCAGUGACACUUUUACGAUCUUUGUUUAAAAUAAAUUUCUGUUCUAUCAUUCAUGUUGUACCAUACUGUUUUCAUGUUAAUUAAAAGUUUCUUACAUGCUAACAAUGUUUUGUUUGAGCCAAUUAAAUAAAAAUUGCAAUACAUU